GGAAUCCUCCCUGCGCCAACAUGGAAGACGGUGGGGAGCAGUUUCACAACCACUUUUGUUGUGGGCGGAGCUUGGCUUUUUGGAUCUCUCAGUGGAGCUGAACGAAAGACAUUGAUCAGGAGAAGAAAACACGCAACCGUAGAAGUGGAGAGUGAAGUAAAGCCCGACGUGAGCGGACGAAACCCUUUUGGAAUAUUCCCCUACAAUUUAAGAUUCUCAAAAGAGGAGAAGCGACGGUGUGCAGCCAAGUCCCGGCGGGCACGAAGGUUGACAAUCGGCGGCUUCUCGGGAUGUGAAGCUCAUCGUAAACCCACCUGGACGCAUAUUAAAGUGGACGUGAGCAGCACGCUGGACUGACUGUAAGGCUGAGGCGAGAAUCGUUUGCUUUCUCACACCGGAGGGUGCCAUCGGGAAAACUGGGAAAGGCGGGGCCGGACUAGUGUGGUGGUCUCCCACACCGGGAUUACCGAGCUCCCCCUGCGCCGCUUCGUACCCAACAACGCAGCGGAAUUAUAGAGGGGGAGCCGGGGGUGGUCGGGGAGCUUUCACGGACGUUAUCUACCGACGACACCGCCGUUGUUGGGCGCGGACGACGUUUGUCAGUCAUUCCUGUCAACGGUCACCUGGUCGUGGCCCUUUUCUCUCCGUGUUUGGAGUCUAACCCAGUAUUACUUGGGAUUUGCACCUUCACGGUGAAACUGGGACUAUGGCGGACGACGACAUUCUCUUCGAAGAUGUGUACGAGCUCUGCGAAGUGAUCGGGAAGGGUCCCUUCAGUGUGGUUAGGAGAUGCAUCAACAGAGAGACGGGGCAGCAGUUUGCUGUCAAAAUUGUGGAUGUGGCACAGUUCACCUCCAGUCCUGGACUCAGCACAGAGGACCUGAAGAGGGAGGCCAGCAUCUGCCACAUGCUCAAACACCCGCACAUUGUGGAGCUGCUAGAGACCUACAGCUCCGACGGGAUGCUCUACAUGGUCUUCGAAUUCAUGGACGGAGCAGACCUGUGCUUUGAGAUUGUCAAGAGGGCAGAUGCUGGCUUUGUCUACAGUGAAGCAGUGGCCAGUCACUACAUGAGACAGAUCCUGGAGGCGCUGCGCUACUGCCAUGACAACAACGUCAUCCACAGAGAUGUCAAGCCUCACUGUGUGCUGCUGGCGUCCAAGGAGAAUUCUGCUCCCGUCAAGUUAGGGGGCUUUGGCGUGGCAAUCCAGCUGGGAGAGUCAGGGCUGGUGGCUGGAGGUCGCGUAGGAACGCCCCACUUCAUGGCGCCUGAGGUAGUGAAGAGAGAGCCUUAUGGAAAACCCGUGGACGUGUGGGGCUGCGGCGUCAUUCUCUUCAUCCUCCUGUCAGGGUGUCUGCCCUUCUAUGGCACCAAAGAGCGUCUCUUCGAAGCCAUAUGCAAGGGGAAGUACAAAUCCUCCCACACUUUAACACAGAUGAACCCGCGGCAGUGGAGUCAAAUCUCAGAGAGCGCUAAAGAUCUGGUGAGGCGCAUGCUGAUGCUGGACCCUGCCGAGAGGAUCACCGUUUAUGAGGCCCUCAACCAUCCUUGGCUCAAGGAAAGAGACCGAUACGCCUACAAGAUCCACCUGCCAGAGACCGUGGAGCAGCUGAGAAAGUUCAACGCCAGGAGGAAGUUGAAGGGGGCAGUACUGGCAGCAGUGUCCAGUCACAAGUUUAAUUCCUACUAUGGAGACCCCCCUGAAGAACUCCACGACUUCUCAGAUGACCCCACCUCCUCAGGGCUGCUCGCAGCAGAAAGAGCUGUUUCUCAGGUGUUGGACAGUUUAGAGGAAAUCCAUGCGUUGACUGACUGCAGUGAGAAGGAUCUCGACUUCCUGCACAGUGUUUUCCAGGAUCAACAUUUACACACACUGCUUGACCUCUACGAUAAGAUCAACACCAAGUCGUCCCCACAGAUCAGGAACCCGUCCAGUGACGGCGUGCAGAGAGCCAAAGAGACCUUCUCCUCACAUCAGGAAGACGGUGAAGCUUUGAAACAUCUGGAAUAUGUGCUGGAAGAGAUCUCCUGCUACCCGGAAAACCACGACGCGAAAGAACUCAGACGGAUACUGACUCAGCCGCAUUUCAUGGCGUUGCUGCAGGCCCACGAUGUGGUGGCUCAUGAGGUCUACAGCGACGAGGCGCUAAGGGUGACGCCGCCGCCCACUUCGCCUUACCUGAAUGGCGACUCGCCCGAAAGCACCAACGGAGACAUGGACCUGGAAAACGUCACCAGAGUGCGCCUGGUGCAGUUUCAGAAGAACACGGACGAGCCCAUGGGCAUCACACUGAAAAUGAACGACUCCAACAACUGCAUUGUGGCUCGGAUCAUGCACGGAGGAAUGAUCCACAGACAAGGCACCUUGCACGUAGGAGAUGAGAUCAGGGAGAUCAAUGGCAUCAGCGUGGCCAACCAGACAGUCGAGCAGCUGCAGAAGAUGCUGAAGGAGAUGCGAGGCAGCAUCACAUUUAAAAUAGUGCCAAGCUACCGGACACAGGGCUCCUCCUGUGAGAAAGAGUCCCCCACCACGUCCAGGCAGUCCCCUGCCAAUGGCCAUUCCAGCAUUAACAGUUCAAUCUUGGACCUGCCAUCCACCAUCCAGCCCAAAGGUCGACAGAUUGUACCCAGACCUCCAAUCAAGGACAAAAUGUCUGUCAAGAUCUACGUGCGCGCUCAGUUCGAGUACGACCCCUCCAAGGACGAGCUGAUCCCCUGCAAGGAGGCCGGCAUUCGCUUCCGCGUGGGCGACAUCAUCCAGAUCAUCUCCAAAGACGACCACAAUUGGUGGCAAGGCAAGCUGGAGAACACCAAGAACGGCACGGCCGGCCUCAUCCCGUCGCCUGAGCUGCAGGAAUGGCGUGUGGCGUGCAUGGCCAUGGAGAAGACCAAGCAGGAGCAACAGGCCAGCUGCACUUGGUUCGGCAAAAAAAAGAAGCAGUACAAAGACAAAUAUUUGGCCAAGCACAAUGCAGUGUUCGACCAAUUAGAUCUGGUCACCUACGAGGAAGUGGUCAAGUUGCCCGCCUUUAAGAGGAAAACGCUUGUUUUGUUAGGUGCUCACGGUGUGGGCCGGAGACACAUCAAAAACACGCUCAUCACCAAGCACCCCGACAGAUUCGCCUAUCCCAUCCCACAUACGACAAGACCUCCGAAGAAGGACGAGGAGAACGGCAAGAACUACUACUUCGUGUCGCACGAGCAGAUGAUGCAGGACAUCAGCAACAACGAGUAUCUGGAGUACGGCAGCCACGAGGACGCCAUGUACGGCACGCGCCUGGAGACCAUUCGCAACAUCCACCAGCAGGGACUGGUCGCCAUCCUGGAUGUUGAGCCGCAGGCACUGAAAGUCCUUCGCACGGCUGAGUUUGCCCCAUACGUAGUCUUCAUUGCUGCACCAACCAUCACGCCGGGCAUCGACGAGGACGAGUCCUUGCAGCGCCUUCAGAAGGAGUCAGAGAUCCUGCAGAAGACGUACGCGCACUAUUUCGACCAGACCAUCAUCAACAACGAGAUCGACGACACCAUCUGCCACCUGGAAGAGGCCGUGGAGCUGGUGUGCAACAGCGGCCAGUGGGUGCCCGUCUCAUGGGUCUACUGAAGUCCAAACCCCCCCCCCGGCGCUAUCGGCAUCGUUGUUUGAGAACCACCUGGCCAUCGUCAUCGUGGUGUUGUACUAUAAAAUGAAUAUUGUCCGUCUGUACCGGCCGGCUAGGAACUUUUUUACUAGAUGUUUCUUUUCAGGAGAUGAGUCCCGUUGUGUCGCCCCGCCCCCACACCCCCAAAAAAGCACACAAACAUACUUCGACCCUCAUUAUUUAUUCAUCCCACCUGUUUUUUGCUUUUCGUUUUUUUGUUGUUUUUUUAAUCCUCUCACUCCACUGACUUGGACUUUCUAAAUAAAUCCAUACACGUGUUGUUGUUAUACUGAAGGAAAAAAAAAGCGGAUGAAUCAUGCAUGUGGACGAUUUUGGUCAGUGUUCCUCGUGUCCCUCUAUAAAAAGAAAAAAAAACAAUAAUAAUAAAGAAAUUGUCAAAGAUGA